AUGGAAAAACAUAAAAGCAAUUAUCGCAUACGCGGCCGUCGCUUCGAUGUGCGGAAGCCCUUUCUGGUUACACUACUACUUUGUAUUUGCUUAUACACUCUUUCUCUAUACCAAAAACAUGAGGUAUUUGACUACUCCAUCUACGAAGGAAUCUUAAGAGAUCCUUUGGCAGAUUUAAUAGGUACUCCAGACCUAGAUCCUUCUAAGGAGCACAGGGCACUAGGGGCUAAAGCCAUGGUCAGCAGUGAUGUUCCUCAGUGUUCAACGAUGGGAAAGGCAAUUUUACAAAGAGGUGGCAAUGCUGCCGAUGCAGCUGUUACCAUAGCAUUGUGUCUUGGAAGUAUCAAUCUGCAUUCCUCGGGUAUAGGAGGUGGAGGAUAUAUUGUUUCCAGCAAUAGUGAGGCCAAAGAGCCCGAAAUUAGCAUAGAUGCCAGAGAAAUGGCACCUCUGGCUGCUUACAAAGACAUGUACGUAUCGAACCCUGUUUUAUCUAUGAUCGGUGGCCUCGCAGUUGCUAUACCAGGAGAGUUACAGGGCCUCGAAGAGCUUUAUAGGCGCCAUGGUUCGGGAAAUCUCACUUGGUCUGAGUUGCUUGAGCCAGUCAUCGAGAUGAACCGUCGAGGAUUUGAGUGCAGUGUAAUUCUUUCAAAGGCUAUUAAUUUAGAGGUGAAAGUCAUCUUUCCGUUCUUACGAAAGAUUGCUGAGAGCUGGGACUUUGUAUACAAGAGAGAUGGCAGGACCGCUGUCUCUGAGGGUGAUAUUAUUAAGCGGCCCAAUCUUGCGAACACUUUGGAGCUUAUUGCACGCAACGGAUCCUCGAAAAUAUUCUACGACCCCGAGGGUCCUAUAGUGGGUCACUUGGUUGAAGCGGCUAAUCGUGUAGGGGGUGUUUUGAAGAAGGAAGAUUUUGCAAGAUAUGAGGUUCGGGUUGAGACUCCAUUGUCUGCAACUUAUGACAUUGAUGGGUUGAAUCAUAGGGUUGUCACCUCAUCCGGUGCCUCUUCUGGACUUGCUCUUCUUGCGGGACUCAAUUUCUACCAUGCAGCAGUGACCGCUAACGAUACUGAUUUGCUCACUACACAUAAAAUUAUUGAGGGAAUGAAGUGGAUGGCUUCAGCAAGAUCACACUUUGGCGACUUUGAGGUUCACCAAUCCAACGCAACGUACCGCCAGCAACUUAUCAAGAAAUAUACUUCAGAACAGUGGUCGCUGGAAAUUCUUGAUUCUGGUAAUUAUUCAGACACACAAACAUUCCCGUUCAGCCACUAUGAACCAGCGUACCAACUUACAGAGCCUCACGGAACUACACAUUUUUCAGUCGUUGACGAAAAGGGCAAUGCGGUGGGAAUGACUACUACGGUCCAAUUUACUUUUCGGGUCAAUGGUCUACGACAACAAGACUGGGGUUAUUCUCAAUAA